AUGCCGUUGGCGGUAAUGAAUCAAGAAACAAGUCAAGUCCAUAACAACGGCAACCCACAAACCGAGGAAAAUUACAUUUUUGAAGAAAGUAAUAGAACUCGUAUAGUAGCACUCGCGGUGCGAGAAGCUUGUUAUGUGGCAAAUUAUCAUAAGCAACAUGAUUGGGACUCUGCUUGUCAACUCAUUUUUCACAAUAAAUUGUUGACUUUCUCCGAAAAAGCUAUGAUCAUUACUCUAUUUCAAUGUAAACAAUGUAAAUAA